AUCUCAAUGGUUUCCUUUCUACUAUUAAUCUCUGUAUCUCAAUGACGUCAUAUUUAGAUUGCUGUGUGCUGUAAAGAAUUCUCUGUCAAGUUUGUAGAGAGAAAGAAUACGUAUAUUUAUUCUAUCUCUCGAAAUAUCUAUAGAUAUAUAUACAUGGCAUUUUAGGUUAUCAUGGCACAAUCAACAACUAGUGGAACGUCUUCUCGACGAUAUAUGAGAGAACAUGAUGUUAAUGUACCAUCUUCAUCACGUUAUGUGGAUAGUGAAUGGGAAACAAAAGAGGCUUUACGACAAAGAGAACUUGAGGAAGCAAGAGCACGAGCUGCACAGAUGGAAAAAACAAUGAGAUGGUGGUCAGAUUGUACUGCAAAUUGGCGUGAGAAAUGGAGUAAAGUACGUAAUGAAAGAAAUAUGGCAAGAGAAGAAGCAAAAAUGCUUAGAGCAAAAUUAGAAAUUGCUGUAAAAGAUGCAAAUAGUUAUAAACAUGAAUGUCAGGAACUUGAAUUACAAAAUGAGCAGUUAAAAAAAGAAAUGGAAAAAAUACAUAUGGUAUUAUUAAAACAUGCUGGACAAUUUGAUCAACAAAUUUUUACAGUUUUAGAAUCAGAUCCACAAUUAAGAAAUACAUUAGAUAUUAAUGAAUUAUUGAAAUUUUAUAAUAAUGUAGAACAGAGUGAAAGUGUAAAUUCUCAAAAGGAUUUACUUUCUUGUAAAGUUUCACUUGAUGAAUCUAAUGUUUGCUUAGGAAGUCAUAAUAUUUUACCAGAUAGAGAUAUUGAAGAAUAUGUAUUACAAGGUGCAGUGCCAAAGCAUGCUGUAGAAAUAUAUAAAGAUAGUUCCCUUUAUUCAUUAGAUAAAGAUAUUGUGAGAUUAGUUGAUUCUAAUUCUACAGAAAAUAAUUUAGAAAAAAAACAAUCUUCAUUACAAACAUGUACAGAUGAAUCUUAUGUACAAAAAAUAUUAUUGCUUCAACAUAAAUUGGAUGAAGCUACAAAAACUAUAUCUACAGAAAGAGAAGAAAAAAAUUCAUUACAUCAUGGUAUGGAGAAAUUAAAAGCAGAAAUAAUGCAAUUAAGAAAACAGUGUGAAGAAUUAGAGGAAAGUAAAGCUGAAAUUACAAGAGAAUUACUUGAAUUGAAAGAUCGAUUUCAAAUUGAAUUUAGUGAUAUUCAAGCUGGUAUAAUUGAUGAAGCUUCAAGUAGAGAAGGAAUGAAUCGUCGUUUGUGUGAACUUAGAGCAGAAUUAGAAAGACUUCAAGCAGAAAAUGCAGCCGAAUGGGGAAAACGAGAACGUUUAGAAACAGAAAAAAUUUCUUUAGAACGUGAAAACAAACAACUUCGUAACGAAUUAAAUGAUUUACAAGAAAGGAUAGAAUCUCGACGGUCACGUCCUGUUUCCACAUCAGAUAAUGAUGCGAGACAAUUACAACAAGAAUUUUUAGUUAGGAAUGUGACAAUAUUAAAAAAAUCUUUGGAAGAAAAAACAACAGAACUUUCACAUGCUAUGAGAAGAUCAGAACAAUAUGAAGCAGAAGUAAAAAGAGUUAGAGCAAGAGUAGAAGAAUUGAAAAAAGAAUUAGCUGCAGUUCAAGAUGAAGUAGAUGCUGCAACUAACAGUGUUCGUAAAUUGCAACGAGCAAAUGAAGAUCUUUUAGAACAAUUAGAAUCAGCUAAUGUACAAUUGGAACAUUUUCGAAAUAGUACUGAUUCUUACACAGUUGGUGUAGGAAUAGGAGAGACUCUUGAAGAAAAAUUAUGUACAACUAAUAAUGGUAAAUUAACAAAUGAGUUUGAGCAAGCCUAGUAUUUAAUUAUUUUAAUAAUUAUAUUAAA